ACGAAACCUCCAAAAUGAAAAGUUAUAAUUACGGAUUAUUUGCAUUGCUGUUAUUUGGUUUUGUGUCGUUUUCCGAAGGCAAACCAUGUCCGGGGAAAACACGACCACAUAAGACCCGCUGCGACGCCUAUUACAAAUGUACCGAAAUAACGGAAGAAAAACAUGUCUGGGUGCCGGCGAAAUGCGAAGAAGGUUUGAUCUAUGAACACGCAUUGGGUGUGUGUGUUCUGCCAGCCGAUGAUUGGGAAUGUGGUAUGAAUGCUACAAAUGAAGUGAACCCCAAAACCCCACCACGCACGAAACAAAGCACACCGAAUCGAAAUAGAGAUGCGGAUUUUUAUGUUGUCACCAAUGCUCAAGAAGAAUUCGAAGGCGAACAUAAAAAUGAUAAAUACGAUGAUGGCAAAGUGGAAAUUAUCAUAGGUUCGGGAGUGAGCAGUGAGGAGGAGCUAGAUGGUCGAGAUGAACUCUAUGAUGGUAGUGGAAAUGGUGCUAAUGGUGAACUUGUCGAAUUGGAUGAUUUGAUACAUGUGGAAAAUCGUGAGGGAAAUGAUGAGGUGGUUAUGAUUAAGGAAAAAGAGCCAGAGGGUGGAGAGGAAGGAAAUAAGCAGGAAACCAUAAAAACCAAGGCAGAAAUAGGCCAGCCCUCAAGUAAUAUUGAUCCCAAUUUGACGGCCCAUUUGCAGAGAUUGUCACAAUUGGUGGAAGGCCUGAAGCAGACCUAUCAAAAUGGUGAAACCCCUACGAAAGAUUUAAGGCCGGAUCAAUUGAAUGCCUUUUUGGCCCAUUUCAAUAUUAAAAAUAAAAUGGACACGGUGGAGGGAAAUGGUGAGGGGAAAGAUGAAAUAGUCCCGGUAAUUGUGGGGGCGACAAACAAGACCUCAAGUGGCAAAAAGGAAGGAACAAAGAAAUUAAAUCCCGAAACCAAGGUGGUGCUAAGCAAUAUUAUACCGAAACGCUAUUCAAAUCUGCAACAUUCCGCAGGUGAGGGAGGUUAUUCCAAUUCGCAAAUUGUCGUAAAUCGCCCUGAGGGAGCGGUAUUGUUUGCCUUGCCACCUUCCUCGUCUUCCUCCUCCUCUUCACAGGGAGAACAUCAUUUUAUUGAGCGGCCUGAAUAUUUCUCAGAUAAUUCUCCAAAGAUUUCCGAGGACACCUUGAAGACCGUCUUGGAACUGUCGAAGCAAAUGAUUGCCUCCCAAAAUAUACCCAGUGUUAUACGCAAUCCUGCCUAUUAUCCUCCACCCAUUAUGCAACCUAUUGUACUGACCCAAAGUCCAUUUUCAGAUUAUUAUGGAGCCAGGCCGCCGCCAUUACACCAUGAGGACAAUUCCGAAGAUGGUGGUGGUGGAUAUUCAAGUGUUUUUAGUACCGAUCAUCAUUAUCAAUCGUACAAGGGUCACAAGAAGCCCGGUAAGAAGCCGCACGACAGCUCACCCACAACAAUCAUUCACAAUAAUGUCAUACCGCUGCACUUAACUUCGUCGGGAGGGGGAUCCUCAGUGGAUAAAUUGGAUAGCUACGGGCAAAGUUUAAAUUUAUAUCCACCAAUUGAUUCGCAAGAGGAAAGACCCGAUCAUCUAGUGGAUGGUUAUUCGGGUAAUAGUGGAAAACCGGUAUAUGAAAACAACAAAUAUACGAUACGCACCACCCGAAGACCUUCGGGUACAACUACUACAGCUACGCCCUCGAAUUAUGGCCAUACCUUAAGGCCUAAUGAUUUCCAUCCCACUUCGCAUAACUUUAAUAAAUAUUUUACACCCAGCGAACAUUUGAAUAAUCACAAUGUGAAUAAUAUUUUCCAGACUACAGAUAACUAUGGAAAUUUACUGCCACAGGGGGGACGCCCAUCGUCUCAGCAAUCACACUCUCAAUCUGGACCAUCGGGCUCCUCGUCUUCCUAUACGGAUGAAGAUAAUGGUAAUAAUUAUGGCGCCCAAUAUCCCAGUGGCAAUUCAAAUCAGGAUUAUGGACAACAGAUGUUUACCGAGGAUCAUGUCCAGCAACAUCAACCCCAAUAUCCGAAUACCGUCGAUGAGGAUGAUGCCGAUAUGAUAACCUAUAGUUUUGGUAACCCAAAGCCCUCGCAUACCGAUGCUAAUCUGCAAAUGCAACAAUAUCCGGCCUCACAAUCGGUAUUCAGCACAAACAACAACAAUCAUUAUAUGCCAAGGCCCUCGGGAUCCUCAUCUUCAAAUAAUAUGAUGUUCAAUCCCUCGGGAAAUUCCUAUAACCCAUCAGCACAAUCAUCGGCGAACUCCUACAACCCUUUGACAUCCCUAUCCCUAACAUCAUCCUCAUCAGCCGCACAAACUUCCUCAAAUGUCUACAAUCCAUUAUCUUCCCUUGCCAACAAAUUUCCAAUAUCCUCUUCCAACUCCCACAAAGGUGGCGCCCAACUAGUCAAUAUUGGUGGCAAUUUCAUUAGUGUUGAUGCUUUCCAAAAUUCCAUAUUACCCCUGAUGGGUGGUAAUGCCCAAGCGGCCAAUGUGGAGGUCAUUACCUGUGCCGCUGGGGUACGGCAACCCAAUAGCACCGAUUGUACCCGCUACUAUGUGUGCAGCAAAAAAGAUGGCAAGGUUUUAUCCUAUUCCUGUCCCCCCUACACAGCUUUUAAUGCCGAGACCCGCAUUUGUGAUGCCCGCACUUAUGCCAUGUGCAAUCCCGAAAACGAUCUACAACCCAACUAUUCGGUAAACGAAAAUAAACGCCUGCAAAUGGAGGCCCUAAAAGCCAUGCAAGAGGCUAAACGUAAACAGGCCAUGCAACAACAACAAAUGCAACAGCAGCAACAACAAUUGGCCAGCAUCCUACAACAAUACACGAUGCAGCAGAAUUCUCCCUCGCAGCAGCAACAACAACAAAACUCGUUAUCCCUAAUGCCCAGCACCACGGCCCGGCCACAACAACUAACUCCAACAAAAACCAAAAAACGCAAAUACUAUUGCAAGGAAGGUGAUAAAAUACCCGAUCAAACCUCAAUUAGCAGUUACUUCGUUUGCUAUAAAAAUGCCCAAGGCCAAAUGAAGGGCCACAAAAUGACCUGUUCGAAGGGAUUGCUGUUUUGUCCCAAAACCACCAUGUGUACCUUGCCAUCGAAAUGUUCAUAA